AUGUUACAAAUAACUGCGCUGUUUCGUGCGGUUGGCCUUAAAACACUAGCAACAUAUAGUAGCUACAUCAUCCGUGCCUCUGCAGCGUGUAUUUCAUCACAAAAUCGAUCCAUCUACACAGCACUACAAAGCAGCAAUCGGCGCGAUACACCGGAACCAGCACCACCCGUUCUCGCAACAAAACCAUCCGUUCGACACUAUGCAAAGGGAAAGGAUAAAAAGAAAGACAAAAAGGGUACACCGGCGAAGGUUCAAAUUAACGAAGAGCAGCUAGGCAAUCUGAUCGACCUGGAAGGCCUUCGGACACAGAUGGAAAAAAGUUUGGCCGCGAUGAAGGAUGAUUACGUGAAGAAUCUCUCGCUUCGCUCUACUACCGGCUCGAUCGAAACACUGCGCAUUACGUACGAAGGUAAAGACUAUCAGCUGCAGGAACUUGGGCAGGUGGUACGUAAAAAUCCCAAAACACUCGUCGUCAAUCUGGUCUCGUUCCCACAAACGAUCCCGGUCGUGUUGCAAGCCAUCCAGCGCAGUGGAAUGAACCUGAACCCGCAGCAGGACGGGACAACACUCUUCAUACCGGUGCCGAAAGUGACGCGCGAACAUCGCGAAGGUUUGGCAAAAAAUGCCAAGGUGCUGUUUAUCAAGUGUCGCGAUCGCAUCAAGGACGCACAGAACCAAUCGAUCAAGAAGCUUAAAAAGCAGUCCAACGUUUCCGAGGACGAUGCAUUUCAGGCGCAGACACAAAUUACCGCCAUUGCGGAUGGAUUUGUAAAGGAGGCGGAGAAAAUAAUGGAACUAAAACAGUCCGAGUUGUUGGGAGAUAAAUGA